UUAUCAAUACCUACAAAUAAUCAUCAGUGCCUGAAAAUGCUAGUGAAUGCCUGUCCCAUGCUUAUCAACAUCGGAAAGUCCCUGAAGAACUUUGCUCAUGUCCAUCAACGUCUGCUGCUAAUGAAUACUGCUUUGGAGUAACUACAUAUUCAAGUCCUGAAGUCACAAGAAAUAUAAUCAAUCAAUCUACUUUGCCACUAUCUGCCAAACUCUAUCAAGCUCUGCUAUAGAUUUCUGCUUCUCUAUGCUGGAUCAUUCCGAGAUGCUCCUACUGUUAUGGCUCUGCCUCUACAGUUGAUAAAUGGCCCAUAAACCCUCUCUUACUGCUGAGCUCGAUGGUUGCGAUGCUCCAAAGGUUAAAUAUUCCAAUGUCUCCACAAUCAUCAUCCCUUUCGAAACGCUUCGUCCUAGGUACUUAGAAAUGCACUCUUUGUACGUUGAAGCACCUCUUUUGUUGAAUUUAUCGGGGUAUGGUUUUGAGAUUGGUCUUUGGUUUUUGAGUCUUAAGCUUUGAGUGCUUUUUAUUCAUGGAGAGUUUAUACCGUAGUCUUCUGGCAUGCAGUCUAUGGCUUUACUUAUCUUGGGUUUGAAAGCUAGCGAUAAUGUGGCCUUCUGGUCUUUUGGAAAGAAAAAGAAAUCUCUACUUACUUUCUAAACUUGGCUAUCAAAAGGAAACUCCCUACUUACUCAAAGCCCUCCUCUCUCUCUUUGGAAAUCAAACUAUUGCUUACUUAAAUAAAAACUUCAUUUUGUUGCUCCUACACUU